CCCGCGCAGGGCCUGAUGGGAGUUCGAGCGGGAAACUUGACAGGAGGCGGGUGUGAGGCGAGCAGGUUCGGAUGCAGCACGAGGGUGGAUGGGGGCCGUGGAGAGCACGGAGGCGGCUGAGGGACUGAGGCUUUGGAGAUUUAGCUGUCCCUGAGAAAGUGGAGCCUAACAAGAGAAGGGGACUGAUUGCGAUCUCACCGAGGGGACGAUGCAGCCGUGAGCCCAGCACUGGGCUACCACCUAGGAAAGUUUCCGAUACCGUGGUGUAAGGAAGCUGGAUUUGUUCACCACGCCAAAGGUCGCAGCCCGCAUCCCUCCAAUGACAACCAAAGGCAUUUGGUUAUUGUGAUCAGACUUUAGUCCAAUCAGGCUCCAGAGUCCGGGGCUGGUGGCUUCUUUUCCAAGAGGGAAGAUAUUCUUGUGUUACGUUUAACGUUCUAGAGUCCCAGUUACUGCCCACUGGUGAAUUAGUGCACCUUGGAGUACUUGACCUUCCAUAGCCUGCUCUACAUUUACAUUCCAGUUUUCUGUAAUGAGUGCUAUAUACACUUCAAAGGCAGCAUGUGAAUUAGCAAUUUUAAAAUGUGCCCCCAAGUAGAAGUUUUAAAGCCAAGUAAUUUCUUGGAAAUGAAAUCUACUUAAAGGUUAUACAGUUACAUAGUUUGGCUAACAUUUUCUUUCAUGUAAAAUAAAAAAUGAUAUAUUCUUUUUAACCUUGAAGUGGGUUAUAGAGUGAAUCUGAAAUAGUACAGGUCUUGGCUUCACGUUUUUAUUUUUAAAUUAUGUGAUAGGAAAGAUUUCAUUUUUCUGAAAACAAAACUUUGAGGGUCAGCAUCUGUAGAAUGCAUUAUUAAACACAAUAUGGCUAAUACACAGCAAGUACCUAGAAAAACUUAUGCAUUUAAUAAAUUAGGGUUAUUAUUAUUAUUAUUAUUAUUAUUUGUACUUAAAUUAGCCAUUCAAUUUGUGUUGGAGAACUGAAGAUUUAGAAUCUUGGGAGAGGUGAUGAAAGUAUUCUAAUUUAUUCCAUCAAUAGGUAUAUAAUUCUAUGAAUAUAGUAAAAAAAAAGCAUUGAACUUUAGUCUAGGUGGAUAAUCAUAGGUGAACAAUAGCUUAAUAAAAUGUGUCUAAAUACAAGUGAUUUAGAAAACCAUGAAGGUGAAAUGGUGAUAUGUUUGUGGCUAAAGUUUACUAAUUCUUAUUUUCAUAUUCUGACAUGACAUCAAAUAGAAUCUGGUGAGUUGGGAUUAAAACCUUAUUGCUAAAACUGUUUAUGUACUUUUUACAGCUGUUUGCUUUUGAAGGUCUGGUUGCUGGAACACAUAGUCAACAAGUGGAUAUGAAUGAGUCCAGGCAACAGUCCCUGUUCUUUAUCAUACUUCCAGAUUUACACAAACUCUGUGCUACCCAGAUAAUAUUGAGUAGCAGGGUGGCAGAAAGAGAGAUUAGGAGUACGCAGAUAAAGAUGUGCAGGCAGUUACUACUUCUGCAUGAAGAUAUUCUUACAGCACCUGUGCCUGGAAUAUUAAACCAAAUUUGGGUAGUGAUGUCGAUACCAUUUUUUAAAUCUGGGAGACUUAAUGCCUAUAUUGAAAAAUAUGGAGCUAAGAUGGAGGCUCCACAGAGAGUAAUUCCUGUAAUUCUUCAAAACUGCCUUUCGUAUUCACUCACUGCUAGACUUGCUCCAGCCUGGAAUAGAGCAGGUCAUCUCUUGGUACAAGGAAGAAAUUUUCUUUCUCAUAUGGGAAAGCAAAAUGCUGUUGUGUUAGACAUCAAUGUAACAGAAACACAAGUUUGUCUAAGUAUUGAAGUCUAUACAGUCAGAUUGCCACCACCUGAGCUAAAGGAGUUUGAUAUUUCUCAGCAUAUUAUAGAGGAUUUUCAUGCCAACCAGAAUGCUGUCAUUGAGAGACAUUCCAUCUUAAGCAACUGGUGCUACAUUCUGCCCAGCAUGAAAAUGGGGCAGAUAAUAAAUUUUCUUCAUACGGCACCGCCUGACUGUCCCUUUCAUUCCUUCAAAGAUUUCCAGAGGCACUGGGAUGACCUGUAUGGCUAUAAACUUCCAGAAGAUUGUGGAGAUAUGAAAAUAUACUGUAGCAUCUAUUUCAAAAUGGUCAAAGAAAGGACCUUCACAUACCCUCUCAGUUGCAUCAGGAGUCAGCCCAUUCAGUUCUUCCCAAGGGUGGAUUUGGAAGGUGUGUUGAAAAGCUUUCUUUCAGAUUUAAAAUCUAAACUGCCGCAUAUAUGUGGAUUCCCCAUAAAGAUGACAAAUAAGCCAUGCUACUACACACAGGAGCUAACCAGACCACAAAAACAGGAAAACAAAGUCAAGCCCCCGAAUCUGACGACUAAGAAACACUUCAGAGCUUCUCUAACUCAGGCCACUUUGCUGAAACCCACAGGGGCUCUAUGUUUAGUUCCACAGCCAACCUCAGCCAACCACAAGGUGGAGCCUUUUGUCAGCCAGCAGUGCUCAGGCUUGUUUUCAGCUGAUCCCUUCCAGCCAGGGUCUCCUCAGGACCAGAAGCCCUCCUGGCCUCUCCAGGCACCACAGCUGCAUUUGGAAGUGUCGAAACUCAGCAGAGAAAGCACACAAGUUCAACGCAAUAAUGUUUGCUCACCAAGUAAGAGAGCCCCGGCAUUCAUACCAGUUUUCAAAAGGAAAUCUGAGCAAGGAAACAAAGGCAUCUCAGCACUUGGCAACAUGAAAAGAAAACAGAGCGCUGUUACAGAGCCUACCCUACCGGCACAGAAAACUAGUGUAACCCAGGGAGGCAAACCAAGUUCAGGUUCAGCUACUAGAAAAAGACCAGAUAGUAACACUCAGGUACAGGCUAGGAACUUAAACCAGAAGAGCGUCAGACCUCUGCUAGAGAAGAGCUCUGAGUUCUGUGAGCACAAGAGGGACCAUCCCUCUUCUGAUGCGACGCAGACUGUGUACUCCAGUGUAGGUAGACCACUGUCUACUAAUGCCGUGACACAAAUGUCAAGUAACAGCUUAAGGGUGAUAAAUGCUGUUGACAGCCACACCAGCGGAAAACACAAUUUAACAAGCAGAUUUAUAACACAAAUUUUGGGGAAAAGCCAUGAGUCACUAAAGCUCAAAAGCCAGCCACACAUUUUUGAAUCAGACUUAGAGACUGAAGACUCCCAACUACAGCAGCCACAGCUAGCAAAUCGAAUUAAAGAAGCUGAUGGAGGUGAAUAUGGCCUCACAGUGAGCAAAGCAUCCCACAAGCACAGACGGAAGUUAUGUCUUGAGUCUUCAAAAUCUGCUACAAAUCUUUGCUCUAAUGCUGCACAUCAGGGGCAACCCGGUUCUUCUAAGAAACAGGUAUCUAGUACAACAAAACCCAAGAAUUCCCUCAGGGUUCCUGAGGCUGAGUACAGAGUGGAACAGAGACUGCCCACCAGUUCCAGGGUCUCACAGACUAGGAAGCCAGUGCCAGCAUUGCGGCCACAGCAGCUGACUGAAUAUGCAAGACUGUGACCCACUGAAAUAUCUUCCUGCUUGGGCAUGACCCAAAUAACAGACCUUCGGUGAAGUCCCAGAGCUAAUCAUUAAGUUGAAAUCUACUCCUGAAGUGCUACGGUGCCAGCUAUGCUUAAACUUGAGAUUUAAUUAUCAUUCUGGGUCCCUGGCACCAAAUUCACAAAAUUGUACAUCUGGAAAUAACAUUUUAUUCCUUAUUGCCAUCUGUUCUAUUCUAAGAGCAAACAUUACUAAAACAUCCACAAAUAUUCUUCACAUAAAACUAUUGGCAUACAUUUAGAUUCUUUAAGAACCAACUAGAAAAUAUUUUUCUUUUCCAAAUGCUAUUUCUUUCUAUAGCUAAUAGAAUUUUCAACUUGAUUUGAAUUAAGUAAAAGGUACCUAAGUCUAUUUCUGUAUGUUUUAUGAUGUGGUAUCUAUCGUAUGCAGUCUUAAACAUCUUCAUUUUAAUGCUCUCAUGUGGCUGAAGAAAAUACUGUAUGUGCCUUAGAAAUGGCUAUUUGCAUUUUUAGAGAGAAAUCUGUUCUAGUUCCAUGUUCUCAGAAGUAUGGUCACCUUCUCAUUUUGAAUGACUUAAUGCCUGACAUGAUAUUAAAAUGAAAUCAUUCUAGUAGGAAGAAUAACAUGAGAAAACUGUAGUUCCUACAGUGAUCUAUGGACAAUACUAUCCCCCAGCUAUAAAAGUAAUACACACUUCAGGAAAGAUUUUAUAGCAAUAUGGAGUAGUUCAAUAAACAAGUUUAAUUUAAUUGGGGCCUGGAGAGAUGGCUUAACAAUUAAGAGCACUGGCUCCUCUUCUAGAAGACCCUGGUUCAAUUCCCAGGACCAACAUGGUGGUUCACAAUAUGUAACUCCAAUUCCAGGGGAUACAAUGCCAUCUUCUGGACUCUGAGGACAUCAGACUUGAACAUGGUAUGCGGUCAUAUAUGUGGGCAAAACACCCAGACACAUAAAACAAAAUCAUAAAUUUCUAAAAAGUAAAAAUCUGCCCACAAUUGCUCUUUGCAGAGAUGAUCACUCGGAAUACUGAGGAAGUUCUUCCAGACAUUGCCUAUGGGCGAGAAGAAGGCUGUGUGUGCUGCCCUGGGACUUCUUGCUUUACUCAGCACUUUUCAUUUUUGCAUAGUAUUUUAUUGGCUGUGGACAUGCCAUGUUUAACUAGCUCCCUAUUGAUGAACACUUCAGUUGUUUACAACCUUUCAGUAUUAUAAGUCAUGUAACUUGUUCUGUACAGAAUGUUAUAAGUUACCAAAUUUUCUCAUAUGAAACAUUAUUUUUUUUAAAGACAGAGUUUCACUCUGUAGCCCCAACUAGCCUAGAACUUGCUCUGUAGACCAGGCUAGCCUCAAACUCACAGAGAUCUGCCAGCCUCUGCCUCCCAUGUGCCACUUUACCCAAUGUAGUACUUUUGAUAGUUGAAAACACCUUUAUUUUGCCUUUACUCUUUACUGCUGAAAUUUGUUGGAAGUGUUCUGUUUCACUGUCAGAAGUUGGGGGCUUCACAGUUAUGAUAGGAUAAGAUCAUCGAUAGCACAUGAAGACACGAAGGGCCUGUCACCCAGACCUUCUGCUGCUAACAUUUGACUCCGUCUCCUCUUUUACAUUACAUUACAGACAUUUUUUAAUGUAAUGCUUUAAAGAAAAUUCUAGGAAGCAUACAGUUUCGUUCAUGAACACUUUAGAAUACAACUCUAACAAGGUACAGAGGACUUUAAAGAGAGAAUGUGUGUAUUUUUACUAUACAUUUUGACAGUCCCCCUGUUUGUCUCCAAAGUAACCAUAUUAUUGCAGUUAUACUAGGAAAGGGACUCUGCUUUGUAAUCACUGUUUCUUCAUAACCUUGGGCAAAUUGUUUUAAUGUUUGUUUAGGGGGUUCACGAUGUGCUAUAUUACCAAUAAAUUUCACUUUUUUUAUAUGUAACUAUCAAGAAGCCACCAGAGACAUGAGUCCAAUCUCACCACAGAAUUCGAGCUUUUAUUGGAGUGGAGAAUUCUGUGCCCAGCAGUGCAUUAUCCUGCUAGGUGCCAGGCUGUGGGCCAUGCUCUGCAUCGACCUCUGAAAUGAUGGACUUGCCCUGAAGGCUGAGUCUAGUCUUUAGCAAAUACGUAUGGGCCUGUGGCUCAGGCUUGGGAUUUUAUAUGUGAUGAAGCAAGUGUCCAGGAUCACCUGCUUGUCCUCCACAAACAACUCUCUAACUUUUAAGGAAUGGGAGCGAGAUGCACAAACAGUGCUUCUCACCAAAUGAGAAUCUUCCCCACUUUCAAAAUGUUUAGGUUUUAAGUGGAUUUGAUAACAUAUAAUUGGCAUAUAUUUUUAAAAGUCAAAACUCUUCAUUGAAUAUCCUACUUCGAUAAUCCUUCAUCAUAUAAAAAAAAAAACCAGCAGGGAAUCACAUGUAAGCUGAACUAUGAUUGUUUAAAUAUGGUUUGCUGUUGCUACCAAUUCAUCAAAACCAGUGCUAACAAAAUAAGUGCUAACCUCCUUCACAUGUGAGUGUAACUCCCACUCCCAGAGUUAUGCCUAGUAAUGACUUUGCCCUAUAUCUUCACUGUGAGCACUUCUAUUUUCCAGAACUAUCUCUAGUUCCCAAUGUAUCGUCUUCAUAGGAAGAACAUACAUCUAAGUCAAAGCCCGUUUUAAGUGCUCCUUGCUCACGAAGGCCAUGUUGUAAAUAGCCAGCAGACCACAGUAAAGACCAGGACAUUGUUGGGCUUGUGGAGAGAUGUAUAGUUUUGGAGAGUGAUGUACUGAAAUAUGCAUGUGUGGUCAGCACAGUCAUCCACACGUGGUCAUUCUUGGACCAGCCUUCCCUGGUGCUUCCCGGGGCUGCUCCAUCAUUAUGCCUUAGGCUGUGAAGAUGUCAUAUCACUCAACUCAGCAAACUAGUUAAAAGAUGAGUCUACUGCUGAAGCAGUGUAUAGUGUUUGCCAGGUCUUUACAGAAUCUUUGUAAUCCCUCUUCCUCUACUCUGUUAAUUCGUAUUACUUAGAACUGACAGGAUAUUUCUUUCUUUUUUCUUUUUAGACAGGGUAUUGUGUAGCCCAGGGUGGCCUUGAAUUCACUUUGUAGGCUAGAAUGACUUUGAACUGCUGAUGCUCCCACCUCUGCCUCCAGAGUGCUAGAUGAUAGCAUGCAUGCUCAGUUUAUGCUGUGCUGGAGAUUGAAUGCAGGACUUUGUGCAUGAGGCAAGUACUCUACCAACUGAGCUGUAUCCCACACACUAGUACUUCAUUUUAGACAAGUGUUCACAUACAUGCAAGGCUUGCUAUGCUAAAAUGAAUAUGAGUCUGUUUCCUUGUAUAAAGUACAUUUUUGUCUUAUAUAUUCUUUUU